AUGUCGAUCAUUGCUUUCGACGGCGAAAAUUCAAGCGUCAGUCUUGAAAUACUCCAUGAUGCCGCGGCCAAGAAUAACUUCAUCAUCUCGAAGAGUGACGAAGAUGCAUUCCUGCUAGCAUUGCAAUCCGCCGAUGUGACCGCCGCGAAUGUCGAUGCAUUGCCCGAUUACGUGGACCCACGGCUCUCACCGAUACCCACAGUCGGUGGGCGACAAUAUCGAAAAGCGAAACACAAUAACCUGAACGCAUGGAGCCAUCAAGCAGAACUCGUGGCUGAGAAGCCCACCUCGGAUAUACUGAAAGGCCGCAAGAUCACCAUCAAGGACAAUGUCUCAGUGGCAGGCCUGCCGCACACAUGUGGAACCUUCCCACAACUCGUCUCCCGCGAUGGCAAACAUCCCAUCGCCACCAUCGACGCAACAGUGACGCGACGUCUUCUCGAGGCGGGCGUCACCAUCGCCGGGACUUCGACAUGUGAGAACUACUGCCUGAUGCCGCUGUCGUACACGUCUGUCAACGGGCCGGUGCACAACCCCUGGCUGCGGAACUACAAUACAGGAGGCAGCACGAGCGGUGGAGCGGCACUAUUGGCGUUGGGAGUGGCGAGAGCGGCGGGGGUGCCGGGUCUGGAAGAAGCAGGUGAAGACAUCGACCUUGCAAUCGGUGGCGACCAGGCCGGGAGUAUUCGUGUCCCAGCGGCUUAUUGCGGUGUUUACGGAUUGAAGCCCACGCACGGUCUCGUACCAUAUACCGGGAUUGCGGGCCUUCAUCCCAUGAUUGAUUUCACGGGGCCCAUGGCGAGAAAUCUCGAGGACAUCGCCACCGUGCUCACCGCGAUUGCCGGAUACGAUGGCCUAGAUGGACGCAUGACUCCAGAAACGCCACUCAGGCACAACGUCCUCGACUACAGCGCGGCCUUGAAAUCAAGUUCACAAGCCGGAAAGGGGCUCAAAGUCGGCAUAAUCAAAGAAUCACUCACCUCGCCCGGGACACAGCCCGAAGUCGCAGAAAUCGUUCGUUCCGCCGCGAUUAAGCACUUCCGAGCCGCAGGCGCAGAAGUCUCCGAGAUCUCACUCCCAAUGCACCUGCUAGGCGCCGCAAUCUGGACAGCCGCGACGCGGAACCACAUGGCGCGGCUGGCGGUCGGGGGCCGCGUCCCGGACGUGCUCAGCCACAACAUGCCACACCUGUCGCUGCGGUGGCCGCCGGACCAGGAGAUGUACGAGCUGCUGCGUGUCGCGAACCCGGCCGUCAUCAAUGUGAUUCUGACGGAGACGUUCCUUAGCGAGAAGUACGGCGCCAACGUGCAGGCGAAAGCGCACCGGCAUGUCCUUGAGCUGCGCGCCGCGUAUGAUGCUGCGCUUGAGUCGUUCGAUGUGCUCGUCACGCCCACGACGCCGAAUGUCGCGCCGCCGUUGCCGGAUCCUCGCCCGGAGGAACUCGGUGGCAGUAGUGUCAUGGAUAAGUUUAAGUUGGUCGUUGGCACGACCAAUAAUACGGCCCCGUUUAAUGUUACGGGUCAUCCGGCGCUGAAUGUGCCUUGUGGGUGGGUGCCGGCGAGAGGUGGUGAUGGUGGUGAUGCGGCGACGAGUCCUGGUAUGUUGCCUGUGGGUAUGCAGAUCAUCGGCAAGCGGUGGGAUGAUAUUGGGGUCUUGAAGGCUGCGAAGGCUUUCGAGCUUGGGGGUGGUGGGUUGGGCAGUUGGCCGGGAUUGUAG